AUAUAUUAGUAUCGUUUUAUAUUUGCUUGCUAUUGGGAAAUUUUAUGAAAUAUAAACACACUUUCUAUCACUAACAUGGCUGCUGGACCGAUUGCUGAACGAAAUCAAGAUGCAACUAUAUACGUUGGCGGGUUGGACGACAAAGUUUCAGAGACAUUACUAUGGGAACUUUUUGUGCAAGCCGGUCCGGUUGUUAAUGUUCAUAUGCCCAAAGAUCGAGUAACGCAAAUGCAUCAGGGUUAUGGAUUCGUUGAGUUUCUAAGUGAAGAUGACGCAGAUUAUGCUAUUAAAAUUAUGAAUAUGAUUAAGCUCUAUGGAAAGCCGAUUCGAGUGAAUAAAGCCUCCGCACAUCAAAAAAAUUUGGAUGUGGGAGCAAAUAUCUUUAUUGGAAAUUUAGAUACCGAAGUGGACGAAAAACUGCUGUAUGAUACUUUUUCGGCGUUUGGCGUCAUUUUGCAAACUCCAAAAAUUAUGCGAGACCCAGAGACAGGAAAUUCGAAGGGUUUUGCAUUUAUUAAUUUUGCCAGCUUUGAGGCCUCUGAUGCAGCUAUGGAUGCAAUGAAUGGGCAAUAUCUUUGCAAUCGACCUAUUUCUGUUUCGUAUGCAUUUAAGAAAGACUCAAAAGGCGAGAGGCAUGGUUCGGCGGCAGAACGUUUACUAGCAGCACAAAAUCCAUCUUCACAUGCCGAUCGUCCACAUCAGCUGUUUGCGGAUUCCCCUGUACCCAGUAUGGUGCCGGUUAUUCCUGGUCAAAUAAUUCCACCACCACCGCUCAUGGCACCCCCACCUCCACCUGUGGCAAAUAAUAAUAUGUUGCCACCACCUCCACCAGUACCUCCACCACAGGUGGCAGGAUUUCCGGCAGCAAUACCGCCACCUCCUCUACCGCCGCUUUCAACUGGACAACCUCCAUUGCCCCCUCCAGUUGGUAUUCCACCACCUCCACGAAUGGCUGGCUACGGGGCAGCACCACAUCCACCUUUUUCAAAUGGUAUGCCGCCAGUGCCUCCACGACUACCUCAACAUAAUUGGAGACCGCAAGGAUUCCCGGCACCUCCAUUUCCACCUCGACCUUUUAAUGGGGACUCUUCUGCUGUAGGUUACCAGUACUGAAAAUAAUACCAUAAUUUAUCAAUACAUUCAUAUAAGUGUAAAUAUCUUAAUACAAUUAUUAAAUUAAAAAAAAUAAGAAA